AUGUUCAAGAGAUACCAGAGUGGUUUGAAGUGCGCAGCCGCGGCUGCUCUGCUAAGUGCGCCACUCGCCAACGCUGCCAAUACGUUCACGGUCCCUACCAAGUCUUCGCUCGCGCCUUUCUUGGCAGGCUUCUCGUCUUCAAACGACCCUUCAGCGCCCGCAACCAACGCAGCCUUGAAGUUUGUUAUCCCGGUUCAAGCGGGUGAAAAUCAAACGUUCAGUGAAGUGCUGGUAGAUACGGGAAGUGCCAUCCUCUGGGUCGGCGCCCUGGACCCGUACCAGCCCGGACUCAACAGCCAAGUCAUCAACGAGACCUUCAGCGUCGGCUACGGCGUCGGCGGCGUCAAUGGGACCGCAUACAAGGAUCGCGUCACGAUCGGCUCUGCCACGGUCGAAUCCCAGAUCAUUGGCAGCGCAGAGUAUAUGUACGGGUUCACCCUUGAGAAGCCCAUUGACGGUAUUCUCGGCCUUGGUCCCUCCGGUUCAAACGGCGGCGAGGUGAGCGGAAGCAACACGACGCCGACCUUCGUGGAGAACUUGGUCUCGGAGGGAACGAUCGACGAGCCGGUCUUUGGGAUCUACGUCGGCCCGUUGAGCGACAGCGUGGAGAGCGCUGGUGAAAUCACAUUCGGGGGUAUCGACGAGAGCAAGAUUAGCGGAGACCUCGUGUGGCUCAACCAGACGCCGCCUUACAACCUCCACUGGGAGUUCAACGCGACGAGUUUCAAGUGGGGCAACCUCACUGCAGAUCCGAGUACGCCCUCUAUGCCCGUACGGACACCGGCGUCCUCCCUAUCGCGAUUCCCUUGCGACGAUCAAUUCUUCGACAUGCUCGACAUGAUCCCCGGCACCACGCUCGACCAAGCAUCCCUCCUAUCAGGCUCCAUCGUCUUCCCGGGCAACGUCACCGCAGACGACCUCCCACCGCUCGAGAUCGGCAUCGGCAGCCUCCUGUUCAACAUCACCGCAGACCAAUAUACCGUCCCGGCGAGCCUGUAUCCGUCGCUGAACAUCACGGAUGACGGGUUGACGCACACGUGGAUCGGGUCUGGUGGGCCCUCGGCUCUUGAUCUUGGGCAGAAGUUCCUCGAGCAUGCGUACUCGGCGUAUGACAGUGCGUGCUUUUUCUGGUCCAUGCGCUCUGCGUUUACUGACGGAUGCCCGUCUGCGACUCCUCCGAUGACUUACGGACAUCCCGGGAUACGGUGUGCAGUGGAGAACCACCUCAUUGGUUUCGCGUACCUGGCGUGA